GGCUGAUCUGGUGUUGACUGCAGCAGAAAAGGGAGUGUCCAAAGGGAAUUAAAGGGUCUAAGACAUUUGAUUGCGAGGAAGAGGACUAUAGAGCGUUCUGGAUCUGAAAACCACAUUGAAAAGCGUCUUCUGAAGGAGAAGUGGAUGGUGUAGCCCACACAAACUACCGCCAUGUUCAACAGGUUGAAAAAAAUGAUGGGGGCUCCUGAGCCUCCCCCUGCCCAACCCGGUACCCCACCUUCCACCCCAACUCCGCCAGCUAAGGAAGAAAAGCCCCCUGAAAAGAAGGAUGAAAAAGAGGAGCAAAAGAAAGAGGUGCAAAAGAAAGAGGAGGAAAAGAAAGAGGAAGAAAAGAAAGAGGACAAAAAGGAAGAGGAGAAGAAAGAAGAGCCCAAGAAGGAAGAGCCAAAACCAGCUCCAGCGCCUGCCCCUGCUGCUGCUGCCCCAGCUGCUGCUGCCCCAGCUGCUGCGGCCCCUGCUGCUGCUGCUCCAGCUGCUGCUGCUGCUGCUGCUGCUGCUGCCCCAGCUGCUGCUGCUGCUGCACCUGCGGCAAAUCCAGAGGGAGCUAAUGGUGAAGAGGCCCCUCCUCCUCCCCCUGUUGUCUACUUCCGUUACACAGAUGACACACUCAGAAGUAUGAUUAAGAAUUUAAGAGAAGAGACAGCGAUGCUAAGAGAGAAAGCCAUAGACCCUUACGCCACUUCGCCAGAAAUCUCCCCACCUGUCACACCUAUUUUCCUGAAGGAGGACUACAUCAGAAUGAAGGAAGAGGAACGAAUAGCAAAAGAAGAAGAGGAUAAAAAGAGGGCAGAAGAGGCAAUCAAAAAGGCAGAGGAGAAGAAAAUAAAGGACGAGGAGAAACGCAAGCAGGCCGAGCUGAAAGCAAUGGAGGAGAAGAUUGCAGAGGAAGCCAAGAAGAAGAUGAAGAAGAUCUUUCCAGACUUGAUUUACACCAUCAUGGACUUUGCCUUUACUCCAGUUGAAAACAAGAUGGAUACCAUCCUGGGAAACACCCUAGAUGGUUUAGACCGUCGGUAUAUUACCUGGUUGACGUUGGUAGCGCUGGCAUUUAACUACAACGUUUGGUUGUGCACUGCAAGGAUGGUCUUCCCUUACCAUAAUGAAGUCACCAACCCCUACUGGAUAACUUUUGACAUUCUCACAGACCUAGUGAAUAUUAUUGACAUCAUCAUUUGGCAGCCCCGAAUACAGUUUGUCAAAGGCGGAGACAUUAUUAAAGACCGAGCGGUAUGUAAGGCACAUUAUCGGAAAUCACAGCGAUUUUUGACUGAUAUAAUCAGCAUCAUCCCCUUUGACUUUCUCGGCCUGUACUCUGGAUUCUCCUCUGUAUACCGAUUCAACCGCUUCCUCAGGAUUGAUAACUUCUUUGAGUUCAGCGAUCGACUAGAAAGCAUCAUGGCCAAGGCCUACAUCUGGAGAGUGAUGCGCACCACAGGUUACCUGCUCUACGCACUCCAUAUCAACGCCUGUGCGUACUAUGUUCCCUCAAAGUACCAGGGUUUUGCAUCUACCACUUUGGGGUUAUGAGGACGGGGAAACCCCCAAAGGUACCUGCGUUGUUACUACUAUGCUGUCCGCAGUCUGAUCAACAUCGGGGGUCUUCCAGAGCCUAUAACCAUCUUUGAGAUUAGCUUUCAGUUGUUAAACUUUUUCGUUGGCGUCUUUGUGUUCUCCAGUUUGAUUGGACAGAUGAGAGACGUCAUAGGAGCAGCAACAGCAGGUCAAACAUAUUUCCGGGCAUCGAUGGAUGGCUGUGUUGACUACAUGAACACCUACUCGAUUCCAAGGGAAGUCCAGAACAGGAUCCGGGCCUGGUUCAACUACACCUGGGCAGCUCAGGGCAUGCUGGAUGAAUCCGAGCUGCUCGACAAGAUGCCCCUGGUCAUGAGAACUGCCAUCGCUGUUGACAUCAACAUGGCAAUCUUCCAGAAGAUCGCACUGUUUCAGGGCUGCGACCAGCAGAUGUUGGUGGACAUGUUGUUGAGGCUCAAGUCAAUCAUCUAUCUACCUGGAGACUUUGUAGUGAAGAAAGGUGACAUUGGUAAAGAAAUGUACAUCAUUAAAAGUGGAGCGGUGCAGGUGGUGGGAGGACCUGACAACAGUAUUGUGUUUGUCACACUGAAGGCUGGCAGUGUGUUUGGAGAAAUCAGUUUACUUCAGUCUGCCAAAGAUGGAGGAAACAGGCGCACCGCUAACGUGAAAGCGCAUGGCUUUGCUAACCUUUUUGUCCUGGAGAAGAAAGACUUAUUUGACAUCCUCAUCCACUACCCAGAGUCGCAGAAAGUGUUGGCCAGGAAGGGAAAGAAACUGACCAAAGCCAAAGGCCCAGCAACUGCGAAAGCUGUUGAAGAAAAGCCGAAAGGUUUAACCCUUUUUGGAACAAAGCCACAAACACCCAAGUUAAUAAAACUCUUCCAGAACAUGAAGAAAGGGAUCAACAAGUAGACAUGUUGAGAGUGUCUCAACCACUUCAAAUCUAAAUCAUUUUGUAUAUUCCACUUUUCGUUGGCUACUGAAUGGCUCACAAGAAGACAGAAACAGGUCAUCAGUAAUUUUAAUUAUCUUAGGACAGUCACCUUUUUACCUUUUGUAGAUUUUUAAUAGUUACAUUUAACCUGAAAAGUAGCAGUAGCCAAAUCUGAAGGUUAAUAUGUUUAAAGUUUGUAUAUUGUAAAUGAUGAUCCAUUAUUUGGAGCAUGAUUUUUUGUAUAAAACAAAGUUAAGAUGUAUUAAAUGUGUCAAAAGUUUUAUUACUAAAAGCUCUUCUGUA